UCUCUUUUGCCCAUCGUGACGCCACAGAGUCAUGGCUUGGAUUUUGAACUCACUUAAUCCAUCAUUGUGUAACGUGCAUUAUAAGGGGUAUCGAUCAUGCUUCAGAAUAACAAUAUCAGGCUCGAUUGGAUGUUGUACAAAAAGGAACUUUAGUAGUCGGAAACUGCCAGGCGGCGCUCUCUUGAAAGACUUCGCGACAUCUGGAAAUUCAGUUUUAACUCAGAAAGAAAAAAAUGCCCUUUACAUGGAAUUUGAUAGGGUGUUCAUAAGGAAACCUAAAGUCCUCAUUGUGGGCGUAGAUGUGGCCGCGAUGAUUGCUUCGUUAACAUUUCAAAAAUACGGUAUUUUUCCUGAUAUCUUGGAUACCAGACAUUACAUGCAUCCAUUGGCGCCAAAUAAGGAUCGAUGUUCGUUUAUCCCAAUCAACGCCCAAAGAGUCUUAGCCCUACUCAACAUCUAUAAAAAGUUUGAAUCUAUUUCUCGCCCGAUUAAGUACUAUGCUCGUUCUGAAGAUUCCGGUCGACCUAUAGGGUCGAUAAACUUUCAGGGUUUAGAGAUGGUCAAUAAGCUCCAGACGGCCGGCAUCCAGUUGACAGAGCUAGAGCGAGUCAUGCAAGAGAUAGUGGCAGCAAGAACAACGAUUCAAAGCCACUGUGUAGUUAAUAGAAUUGAGAGAGUUCAAGAUGGCGACCAGGUAAAAGUUGAUGUCAGUUGGGACCGCUAUUUCUUAGGACAAAAAAAAUCCUUUUUGUCUAGAUACGAUGCGGUGUUUAUUUCGGAGGGCACUUUUUCUAGCUCAAGAGAGUUGAUUUAUCCAGAGAAGUUCCAACUCAGGGGAGUGUGCAAAAUUUGGGAAGCGGUGACUGAAAGUCCAGUGACGUCUAUAAGAGAGUUUGCUUCUGAUCAAUGGGGCAAAGGAAAACGGGCCGGAUUUUACCCGGUAGGACCUCCUCAGAAAAAUCUGCUAUAUGUUUAUGGGCUUCAUCGGCUCUCGCCUGAGGAUCAGCAAAAGCAGCCAGUCCAGUCUAUCGUUGAUAUUAACCACAUGGUCGAAUAUUUUAAAGAUUUCGAAGGGCCUUGGAAAGAGAUGCUGGCCGCUCUUUUAAAAACAAAGAAGCCCAUUUCUUGUACCUCGACAGUAGUCCUUCAUGGACAACUAGACGAAAAUCCGCCUACUCCCGGUGAUCCCAUUUUAAUGCUCGGGAGCACCUAUUUGACGAUGCCGAUUCCCAACUUGGGCCAUGAUAUUGGAAUGGCCGUAGAAUCCGGGUACUUCGCCGCUAUCUCUAUCAUCUACAGAAGGAGACCAAUCCCGGUUGCCCUCGCGGCCUGUCGAGAGCAGUUUAAAAGCUAUCUCUCCGUUGCGGCAACAGAGAAUUCCGAAAACUACAUGAGUCUCGUUACGGACAGCAUGUUUCCACCGAUCGUGCUGAAAUGGUUUAUAAGACGGCGAUACACGGAUAAAGCGCUGACGGAAAGAGAAAUGAAGCUGAUAGGAACGCUGCCUGAGGGAACAAGUCGCGACCUUUUGUCGUCCGAAGACAGUAUUGCUGAAAUGAAGGAUGCGUGGUGCAACCUAACGAAUGAAGAGAGAGAGGAGAUCAAAGCGGACACACUAAAGAGUGAAACUUCCUUGAUGCAGGAAUAUCUUGGACAUAUCGAAAAGCAAAAGCCCAGGUCUAGAAGCGAACAAGGUGAAAAACACUGAAGCUGAGAUCGAUCCACUUUGCGAAGCGCGUGGUGUUGGUGAAAUUUUAAAGGCGUUCAACUUUUGAAUUUAAAAGUCGCGAAUUUGUCUGCGGCAGGUUUUUCUAGACUCGGCUUUACUUGAAUUUGCGAAGAAUAGUCCAAAGUUUCAAUUUCAGAAAUUUUUUUAUCGUACAGUUUGUACUUGAAAGACUCGUCGUUUUC